AUGCAACUAUAUACAUUUAUAGAUUGGUUCUUUACUAUAGCAUCUCUUUUAAUAACAAUAUUAUUAGGAAUUUAUUUGAAUGGAGCUGGAUGCCUUAUAGGAUUGUUAUUAUAUUUAAUAUACCCUGUCAUGAUAGAAUUCUCUUAUAAUCUAAUGAGUGCAAAAUAAGAAAUCAUAAUAAAAACAAUGCCUGAAAUACCAAUAGUUUAUCAUGAUGAUUACAAUAUAACUGCAUGUGGAAUUGAGAAAUGGCAUCCUUUUGAUUCCUGCAAAUAUGGAAAUGUUUAUAGAUAAAUCAGAUAAAAGAUAAAUGAUAAACAUUUGACUCCUGAAAUGUUAUCAAGAGGCACAUUUCUGUUUCUAGGUAUGAGCAAAUGGUAUUUGUUCAAAAUGUGUUAUAGUGCAUAUGCUUCAACAUUAAUUGAAUUGCCUGUAUUCUUUUUACCAGGUGCUUUUCUAAGAUCAUGUCUCUUAGAUUCAAUGCUUCUCGCAACUAGUGGUAGUAUUUAUGCUGCCAGAUUAGCAUUAGAAAAAGGUUGGGCUAUCAAUUUAAGUGGAGGUUAUCAUCAUGCCUCACUAAAUAAUGGUGGUGGGUAUAUUAUAUAUUUUAUUCUUUCAGUUUUUGUAUUUAUCCUGAUAUCACUUUAGUUGUUAACUACCUUAAAAAAUAUCGCAAUUUAAAUAAAAUUGUCAUCAUAGAUUUAGAUGCACAUUAAGGUAAUGGAUAUCAAAGAGAUUUCCAUCAUGAUUCUUCAGUAUAUAUAAUUGAUUUUUAUAACCCAUAUAUAUAUCCUGGAGAUCAUGAAGCUGAAUAAGCUAUUGAUUGUUCUGUACAUAUAGAUAGAGAUACAACAGAUGAACAAUAUAUUAAAUUACUUUAAAAAAAUCUUGAAAAACAUCUUUAAAAUGAUAUGCAAUUCAUUAUUUAUAAUGCUGGAACUGAUAUUAUGGCAGGAGAUCCUCUUGGAAAUUGUUGCAUCUCUCCUGCAGGAAUUUAAAGAAGAGAUGAAGUCGUUUUUAAAUGGGCAAAUUUUAAAAAAAUCCCCAUACUUAUGUUACUUUCUGGUGGAUACUAAAAAGAAAAUACUUUUGCAAUUGGAGAAUCUAUAUUAUAAUUAAUAACUUGAGC